CCGGGGCCGGAGAAUCUCAGUAGGCAAAGAAGGGGCGCGGCGGGACCGGCCGGCUGCUCCUCCCCCGGAGGCUGCGCUACGCUGCCCUGCCGGGGGCGGGUCGGGGGCAGCGGAGCUCCCGGCAUGUCGCAAGGGCUCCCGGCCACCGGCAGCGUCCUGCAGAGGAGCGUCUCUGCCCGCGGGAAUCAGCAACAGCCGCAGAGCCCUGAGGAUGAUGACCGGAAGGUCCGGAGGAGAGAGAAAAACAGAGUUGCUGCUCAAAGGAGUCGAAAGAAGCAGACCCAAAAGGCUGAUAAACUUCACGAGGAAUAUGAGUGUUUGGAACAAGAAAACACCUCCCUUCGGAGAGAGAUUGGGAAGCUGACAGAAGAGCUGAAGCAUUUGAGUGACGUGCUGAAGGACCACGAGAAGAUAUGUCCCCUGCUUCACUGCUCUAUGAACUUUGUGCCUAUGGCUCGGCCUGACCCCAUCACCAGCUGUCUGCCCAGAUGAGGCCCAAGGACUGUCCUUGCCACAGGGUGAGGGAGGAGGCCUGGCUGUUUUCAACCAGGAUGAGAGGCUUUCCAAUGUAUGCCUUCAUGUCCAAGACUUUGUGACCAGAACUCUUUACACACGAGGUGCUGGUGAAACCCUGACCUGUCUGCUAAAGCUCUGAAAACUUAAGUGACCAAGUCUUUAGUUCUACUUUUUGUCUACUUUGGCAUUUAGUAGUUUUCAGCUAUCAUUCAAAUAGUAGAUACCUUUUCCUCAUUCUCUUUAGAAUUUGGUUAAUAAAAAUGACUUUUUAAUCUUUUCAUCUCAUUUCUCUAGGCUUCUAAUCCCCUGGAGAAUGUGACUUAUUUGGGCUUGGGAUUUUUUUUUUUCUUGCUAGAUAAAGCCCAUUAGCCUUAACUUAACUUCUUGUUUCUUGGCCAGUUUGAUUUUAUUUUUGAUGUUUUAGUUUGAUAAUUAUUAUCAUUAUUCCCAUUGAAUUUCAUCUAUUUAGAGCUAAAUGAAACCUUAGGAAAUCAUCUUGUCCAUCUCUCUCCUUUUAUAAAAAAGCUCUUAAAAAACAAUUAUGAAUGUAACAAACAUCAACAAAUACAAGUGUUUCCAUUUCCAAAAAACAGAAAAAGAUUAUGUAUGAAACCACAAAGAAUAUCUCUUAGGUAUAGAUUAUUUUAUAAAAGUAUAUAUUAAAUUUAAUAUUAUGGUACCAA